UUUUUUAUUAAAACUUUAUUUGUUUGUAAAUGAAAAUAAAGUAAUAUCAACUUGCAUUAACUGUGAACAAGCAAACACUUGGGUUGUAUUCAUGCAUUAGUAAAUACUGAACUCAGGUCAGGUUAACUAGCAUGAAUUAAUGAAACCAUAUUGGUAAGUGUGAACGAUGUCUUGAUUUGGGCUAUUGCUGACCAAAAUAUUACAUACAACUCUGCUCUUAUGUUUAAAAACCCUUUUAAAAAUAAUCUAAAGCCUAAUCAUUUGUCCAAAGUAAUAGUAGUUCUAUAUUUAAAUCAUUAUUUCGGCACAGUCCAAAAAACUGAAUGGAUGUUUGCAUGCACUUCACAGAACACAUUAACAAUCCAUGAAAAAUGACUCUUCAAGAGUUUGCGUGUUCCCUGAAAUGUCCUGCUGUUUGUUGAAUCCUGAAUGACCCAGGACUGUUUAAGGCAGAACUGAUGCCACUCCAAAAGAUCCAUCUGUUCACAUUGAUGACAACUGAAAGGCUAAAUCACAGCUGUCACUAAAGGUGAAGACGUUAGCUGUUGCUAUAGAAGGCAGCCCAAUAUAUUAAGCUCAACUUCUUUUUUCAGUAAUUUUUUCUUAACUAGUUUAAAAUCCUAAUUAACUAUUAAUCUGAACAACUGUCAUCCAGCUGAAGAAGUCUUGCGAGGUGCACUGUGUUGCCUUUGGAGCACGGCUAAACGGUUUUCACCUCUUGAGGUUGUAGUUUCUCAGUCGUCCCCUGUGUGAAAAGAUUGAUCUAUAAUGUACAUGUUUACUGUUGUAAAGGUGUAAGACGGAGGAUUAAUACGUUCAUUUAUUUAUUUAUAAGAAUGGCAGUUUAACUGUUUGGCUCAAACAAAGGACUCAUAAUCAACUCUCACUAAACUGAAACAGUUGAGGGUAAUUCAGCAACACGUGGCUUUAACAUUCAGGGACUGUAAACUUUUGAUAAUGGUCAUAUUUUUGGCUUGAGUAUGUUUAAACAUCUGAUAUGUGGAAUAAAUUAUUUAAGAUGAUGCUUAAAACCCAUUUAUGACUGCUUUUAUUUUGUUGGCAUGAUCACUGUUCUGCCAAAUCUGCAAGGCUUAAACCUGUGAGUAGAGCUGUAAGAACUGCUAAUAAUUAAACUCUACAUUGAACACACUCCAGUUUGAUUCGUUUGUUUUUUAUUCUUGCAGAUUAUAAGUGAGGACGGCGUCUUUAAAAGGACAAGAAGGACAUCUGUGUUACCCCACACCUUUACUUGAUGGAGACUUGUCAUGGAGAGGGACGAUCAGGUGUAAAGGGAAGGCCUUGCCAUGAUUGCUGUGAAGGAGGAAGAGGAAUGAUGCCCGUCAACCCGCUAGAUGACUGAAAUGACUGAAAAUCUUCUUGAAGAAGACGUGCGGAUGCCUUUAAAAUCGUAGAUCAGUGCAGGGACUCUGCUUUUUCAGCUGCUUUAUGCCCGUCAACACACUAUUCAGGAAGCUUUUUUACCUCCUGAAAUUGUUGAGAAGGUCUUGCUGACACUGAUUGAUUAUAUUUUGUCUGCAUCCUCAGAUCUGUAUUUUAACACAGGUUUUGUACUUGAUAUGCUUGACUGAAAUAAAUAUUUUAUUGAAUUAAAUUGGUCCUAAUAUACCUCCUUUUCUUGUCAUUUCUUGUUUACACAUAAUAGAAAUGAAUUAAGGCUGAACUGUUUCACUACUCAGAUAGUUUGAGUAAAACUGACUGCAGCAAACCAUUAUGGUGGACUAACUUUUUUUUUUCAUUUGAGUUCAGUCAACUUAAACCAUUUGCAGCAAUCAGUUUUCUAAAACCAUUUAAGUAGCUAUAAAGUGCUUGGACUUAAUUCGUUUAAGUUAACUGAGCUCAUACAGAUUUGAUAACUGAACUUCAAAUCUUUAACUUACUAAUACAUUAAGAGUUUGACCAUAUCAACUCAAUGAGUUUCUAUAAUUCAAUAUAAGUUUGCAGUUCUUAAAACAUUUGGUUUAAUAAACUUUAAUGCUUUGCUGAAAUCGGUUUCCUUGAAUGAUUUGAGUUAACUUACUGGGGUUUUCAGUGCAGUAAUGUACAGCUGUUAAAGUGCACUUCAAAAGUGGGGAUAAGAACUUUAAUUAAAAAAUCAUUAAAAUUUGUUUCAACAGAAGAGCCAAUGAAGGAAGUGUGUGUAAAAUAAUUAACCAAUGAAAACUAAGUAAAGGAGAACUAAAUAUAAACAGAACACAACAUGACAGAGUAUAAUAAAUAAUAAUAUAAGAGAAUAAUAAUAAUGUUCAUCAUCAGCAGUGAGGAUCUCCAGCUGAAUCAUUGGGCAGGUUUGGGUUUGCUGACACUGUGUUAAUAUGUUGAAGCAGUAGUUCAGUGAUGAAGGUUAAAGUUUGCUAAAUUAUUGAAAUUAAUAAAAAUACUGUAAUAUAUAUUAAGAUAUAUAAACUUUCCUGUUUCGUUGUAGUGGUUUAAUAUAUUAAACACCUCGUCUGAACAUUUCAGUAUGUUUGAAUGCAGUCAUUUAUUUAAGCCUGAGUUGUGUUUUCUGUGGAAUUGCUCAGACCUGUAAAUCAUUCAGACAAUCUCUCUCUCUCUCUACUUUGCUUUCCCAUAACAGAAGAUCUAUCAUUUCCUUCUCAUUGCAUUCUUCUUUAUGUACUGUCUGAGUCCAUCUCCUCCUUUGGCAUCUUCAACAUGACAUCAAGUCCUAGUGUUCACUGAAGGCCCUACUGAAGGAUCUCCUCCACAAUGGUCCACUGCUGUGUUCUUCGUGUGCUUCUCAUGCUUUCCUGCACUCCUGCAUGGCCCGCGGCCGUGUUCAUCAUCUCAGAACAGCAGCAGGAGAAGCUUUUCAGACCAGAGUCUCGUGGGUCCCAUCUCAGAGUCAGACGAGGCUGGAUCUGGAGCCAGAUAUUUGUUGAAGAGGAAGAUUCAACCCCGAGGAACAUUGGUCAGCUCAAAUCGGAUUAUGACUCGGGAGAUUUUACCAUCAAGUACAUUCUGUCGGGUGAAGGAGCCGGAGAGAUCUUCAUCAUUGAUGAGUACACAGGCGAAAUCUCUUCACUACAACCUCUUGACCGUGAGGUGAAGCCCUACUACACGCUGCAGGCCCAGGCCAUCAACCGCCGGUCCAAACAGCCUGUUGAACCUGAAUCUGAGUUCAUCAUUAAGGUGCAGGACAUCAAUGACAACGCUCCAGAAUUCAUCAAUGAGCCCUACGUCUCCAGCAUCCCAGAGAUGUGUCCUACAGGAACCACUGUAAUCCAGGUGACCGCCACAGAUGCAGACGACCCAAUGUUUGGAAACAAUGCUAAACUCAUAUACUCCAUCCUGCAGGGGGAGCCCUACUUCUCAGUGGAACCCACAACAGGUAUAAUUGUGACAUCGUGGUCUCAACUGGACAGAGAGGCCAAGGAAAUCUAUCUGGUUGUGGUUCAGGUAAAAGAUAUGCUUGGACUCAGUGGAGGAUUCAGCGCCACAACCACCGUCACCAUCAGCCUGACGGAUGUCAAUGAUAAUGGACCCACUUUCCAGCACAAUUUAUACACGUUUGCGGUCUCCGAGUCGGCUCCAGUGGGCUCCACAGUUGGAAGGAUAAUGGCAGAGGAUGGAGACGUUGGUGUGAACGCUCGGAUGAACUACAGCCUAGAGGACCUGGAAGAGAGCAGCACCUUCACGAUACACACCGACCCCGAGACCCAGGAGGGCAUUAUCAUACUGGCCCAGCCAUUGGAUUAUGAGAACAAGAGGCGGUUUGUCAUUGCGGUUGAGGCCAUCAAUGAAAACACAGACACACGUUUUCUGAGCAUGGAUCAAUUCAGUGACAGAACCACACUUAAAAUCACUGUGACGAAUGUGGAUGAACCACCUGUCUUUUCUGGAACCCCUUAUAUUUGGAAAGUUCUAGAAAAUGCCCAGACUAGCACACAAGUUGGAACCGUCUACGCUAGAGACACCGACAUCACCAACACUGCCAUCAGAUACGACCUUUCAGAGACCCCUGACACACAGCAGAUGUUCAGGAUUGAUCCAGAUAAUGGGACGGUGUAUGUAACCAACCUGCUGGACCGAGAAACCGCCGCCUGGUACAACCUGACGGUCUUUGCCAGAGAGAUCCUGGAUAACCAGCUGUCCUCCUCAGUGUCUGUGCUCAUCACAGUGCUGGACAUCAAUGAUAACCCACCCGCUCUGGCACAUGACUACCAGCCCUUUGUGUGUGAGGACGCACAGCCAGGAGAGCUUAUUGAGCUGAUCAGCGCCACUGAUGCAGAUGAUCCUGUGGAUGGACAACAUUUCUAUUUCUCCAUGAUCCCAGACAAGCACAUCAACCCCAACUUCACAAUCAGAGACAACCAAGACAAUACAGCGAGCGUGCUGGCGCGGCGGAGCAGCUUCAGACGGCAGGAACAAACACAUUACCAUCUGCCGGUGGUGAUCCGGGACAGCGGCACCCCCGUCCUGUCCAGCACCUCCACCCUCUCUAUCAGGGUGUGUGUGUGUCAGCCGAACGACCACUGUCCAUCAGAUGGAGCGCAAACACACACUCUCCCUCUGGACAUCAGCAUGCAGAUCCUCCUAGGCCUGGCCGUCUGCUGCAUCACACUCGCAGUCGCAUUAGUGCUGAUCUACAAGACUCUCUUUUCUAGCAGAGCUCUUGAGUUAAUGCUGGAAAACUCUCUACACUUCAAUUGGGCAGUGCUGUCCACACUUGUGCUCGCUGUGCGGAAAUGCAAGGCAUUACAGCAUGAGAAAGCAGCCCCGGGAGAGCCCAAAGCGGAGGAGUUCUCCCAGAAAACCUUGAGUUUCUCAGUCCCCGAGCCCCCGAGCGUCCCCCUGCGCAGACUGGGCCGUCCCAGCGCUGCCUGCAUCCGCAUGUCACUGCGCCACUCGCUGCUGCUCGGACCCGAACACCAGC